AUGUACCACCGAGUGAGACGGAAAAUGUUGUAUCUCACACUCAGUGCCAUAAUAGUCGUAAGUCAUUUUACAGAAACCCUAUCAAAAUCGAUAAAGACCACUGAAAACACUCCCAGUGCCACAGAUGUGAACAUAGACAAUAAUAUUAUAGACUUCGAUGAUGAAUACUCCGUCAAAUUUGAUAGAAAUUAUCAAAACAACAAUUUUAACAAAGAAUCUCAUAGAUAUACAAUUGAUAAAGACGUUAAAAAUGAUGUAAGUGUAGUUAAAGAUGCACAUAAUGAGUCUAAUACCAAAAGAACGGAAUUGGAGACGACGACAAACGAAUUUAGUGUUAUACCAUUAGAGUUGGUUACUACAACGGAAAAUGCACUGCUAAGUAUUGUUGAAAGCACAGCAGAGCCUGAUAUCUCAGUGAUUCCAUUGGUUACUACGGUCAGACAUGACAAUUUUGAAGUCAAUCAAACGGUUUCUUUGCCUACGUCUACAGAAUCAGAUAGUGCUACGGAAUUCUUUCCUACCGAGUUGACUGACUCUUCAACAUUCGAAACAACGUCUAAAAAUGAUAGUGACAAUUCUACAAAGAAACAUUUAAAAACUGAAACUGAUAAGAAUGUUAAUAAAAAUGGAGAUACAUCAACAGAAAUGCCGAUCACAACAUCAACGAAAGAAGUGUUAACAACAAAUUCCAGCCGUAAGAUAGAAAUCGAAACGGACAGUCCAGAAUUAGAUGUGGACUUGCCAAUAUUCACAGAUUUCGAUUCUAACGAAGAUAAAGAGGUGCCAGAAGAUUAUUAUGAUUCAAAAGACGCUGUGCCGACUACAGCGCCAAAGACUGAUGCUAUAUCAGUAUUGGUAGGUUUGGCCGGGAGUAUGGUUGAGAGUGUGGUGGAAAGCGUAGCUGAGAGGGUGGUCCCUAAAGGGAUAUUCGAUUUGUUUAAGAGGAUGCAGCGGCAGAGCGAAGCUUUGGAAGCGGAGAGGUUGAGGAGCCGGGAAGAGAAUGGAGGUUUGGGGCAAUUCACUCGCGGCAUCCUGAAGACAAUAUCGUCGGGCCUCAGCAAGCCACUCACCCAGCUCAUGACCGGCAUCAGGGAUAUUGGCUCCCUGGACAGCGACAAAGGCUUCGUGGGUAGUCUGGCGUCUGGAGUCAGCAGCGUAGCAAAUGUCGCCACGUCUGUGGUGGACGCGUUCAAGGACAGGGUUCAGGCUAUUUACCCAGGUACGGUGUGGUGCGGAGACGGCCACUCAGCUUCGGCCAGGUCAUCAGACCUUGGAUUAUUCUUCUUCACAGACACCUGCUGUAGACAACAUGACGCCUGCAAGCUUUACAUCAGAGCUGGGGAGACAAAGUAUGGGUUGACUAACACUGGACUCUUUACUAGGUCUCACUGUAGUUGUGACGCGAGAUUCCGCGAGUGCCUCCGUAGGACCAACUCAUUGGUCUCUGCACAGAUUGGGCUGACAUACUUCAAUGUCCUGGGGCCACAAUGCUUCAGACGAGCUCAUCCUAUAGUCAAAUGUGUGAGGAGAACUAGAAUAACUGGUCAGAAGUGUGAGGAAUAUGAACUGGAUUACACGAAACCUAAAAUGUGGCAGUGGUUUGACAACGAGACAUUUUGAAGUGAGAUGUGCCGUGUGGUGCUCGGUACUUAAGAAUAGGACAUCUCAUUCCCAUUGAUGUCGUUAGAGACGACUAAUUACGCUAAUAAACUUGAGAUUCUUCUUUUGGGCGGUGGGCUAGCAACCUGUCACUAUUUGAAUCUCGAUUCCAUCAUUGAGCCAUACAGCUGAACGUGGCCUUUCAGUCUUUUCGAGACUCUUGGCUUUGUCCACCCCGGAAGGAGUA